UUUUUUUCAAUUAUUAAAGCAUUAAUUCAAUCAAAAAACAGCAGUGUAACCCAAUUUUCUGUCCCCCUUGAAAGAAUUAAGCAUUUUGGACAGAACGAUUUUAACCAUAUUGUCAGGGAAAUGGUUGCUAAAAAUAAAUAUUUUGGAGAAGAAAUUGCAAAAAUUGUUCAAGAAAAGAUUAUCUCAUUUUACACAAAAGAAUAUAAAAUUAAUGAUAGAAUUAAAGACAAUAAUUUCUUUUUGGAAAGAUACAGUAUGGUAAGAAGGAAUUUAAUUUAUAAUUAG